AUGGCGGCACCAUUGGCGAGGCACGCACCCCGCCUUUUCACCAAAAUUGUGCGUUUUGAUGCUGUGACUGUUGCCAAGUCUCAUGUUCAGCCGAUUCGAUUCCCCAAAGUGACCUAUAAUGACAUGACGAAACCGGAAGGACCAUGGCAAGAGAAGUAUGACGCCCUAAAUGCCGAGUACUCAAGGUAUAUGUACAUCGGUAUAUGCUCGUUUAUGGUCUCACUUGGUAUCACUUUAUACGCGCUGGACCCUUUCAAGUAUAUGGAACCGGCCCACAGAAAUACACCAGACGGCCUGGCAUUUCUGAACCCGAAACCAGAGGUUUUGGCUGAUAUUCAGGAGUGA